AUGAGCUGUAUGUUUUCGACCGACCUCCUUGUGGACUGGAGACAAGCAAAGCGAGUGUUGUUUUGGGCGAGUUAUCCCGUAGACCCAGAAAGUCGCUUGUUUCGAACGCUAGGGAAGAUUACUGCGAUGGCAAACAACUUCGGGUCGGAUAGAAACUUACGGCAAAUUCAGCUUACUGGAUUCAUACAAAAAUUAUACCAGGAAAGACUCAGUACCUCCAGUAGAACUAGAAUUGAUAAAGAUUCGAUCAUGCUGGCUCAUCUUCAUUCAGAAUGACGCAGGUGACCGAUUGUCCUCUCGGAUUCGUAGCUGCGAAACUUUGGAUGCUAGCUGUGAUACCGCCGAUCAACUUGAUGACGAAGUUGUUUGAUUUAAGGCUCAGCGUCGCAAACUCUAAUUAUCUCCUGUCUCUCGUGUCGCUAAAUACUCAUGCUCAUAGUUUCUUUGUGCAAAGCUGUAGGGUUUUACCGUUAAAGUGAUCUUGUAGUUCUGCCAACAUGAUUUAUUCGAAAUAAUACUCACACAUUAAGAAAUAUCACCAGAGAAUACAACAAGCGGUACGGGGGGUGAGCGAAUGUUGUGGAAGUUUUGAUUCUAAUUUACCGUUCGGAGCAUGGGGACUUCUUGACCGAUUGGUAUAUGCUUACGCUAGACAGCACGUGGGAGACGCAGAUUCGUAGUGGUUGGGCAGCAGUCAUUUAUCCGUAUCUGACGAACAUGCAAGUUGUAAUGUUGAAGACCGAGAGCGGCGGCAAUGUACAGCGAUCCAUCUGGAAAGAGCUAAGGCUAACACACGAUGCACCGGAAAAGUUGAUGUUGG